AUGAAUUGUUGAAAUAGAAUUAAAAAGUUCUUUUGGCGAGAGAGACAUUUUAUCUCAGCCUACGUUAUUUGCCUUCAGCAGCAUGCAUCCUGUUCCUAUUUUCCUUCUGGACUUCUGGGGGGAAAGGCUGGCAGAUCUCCACGAGGACCAAACAAACUUAUAAAUGGCUCAGAGAGCUAUUCCGUCUCUGCCAGCAGCCUGCACCUCCUGCUAGUGAUGCAUGUUCAGAUUACAGCAAGCCUUCUUCCUACCUGACCACCUAGACUUAGGAAUAAACAUCUUCAGCAUGAGAAGAAAACUUUGUAGUUGCUGAUUCUUGACCAACAAAAUGUCCAAACUUCUCAAGAAAAGAAGAAUGAAAGAAAUCAGACCUCUGACAGGGUUCUCGAAGCUACGAACGUGACGUUUGACCAAACUGCGGGAGGCAGUGGAAGACAGGAGCGCCUGGCGUGCUAUGGUCCAUGGGGUCACGAAGAGUCGGACACGACUAAACGACUAAACAACAACAACAAAGUAUCACAUACCAUUUGGUCCAUGAUUUUCCUCUCCGCCCUCCAAAAACCACCACCACCAAGACCCCCAAACUGGGCUUCCAAAUUGCAAAAAGGGGAAAGGACUGACCGCAAGCGCUGCCUGACAACUAUGUAACCUAGGAUGGAGCAGCAUGGGCAGAACAAGAGCCUGGAUGGUGAUUUUUUCAUGCUAGGAUUCAGAACCGAUGCAACUUUGCAGUCUCUGUUUUUUGCCUUGUUCCUCGCCAUUCAUCUUAUCACUCUGUCGGGACACUUGGCCAUUGUGGUCAUAACCUUGGUUGACCCCGCCCUCUACACCCCCAUGUAUUUUUUCCUGCGCAACCUGUCUUUCAUUGAGGUCUGCUACACUCUGGUCAUUGUACCCAAAAUGUUGGCCGACCUCUUGGCCAAGAGCAGAAGAGUCCCAUUGAUGGCGUGUGCUGCUCAGAUGUACUUCUUCAUUGCCUUGGGGGGCGCUGAGUGUAUUCUGUUGGCUGUGAUGUCCUAUGACAGAUAUGUGGCCAUAUGCAACCCAUUGCGCUACACUCUCAUCAUGAGCAGGAGUCUCUGCCUGCGACUCUUGGUGGUAGCCUGCACCAGUGGAUUCACAAUCUCACUGGGACUGACCACCCUGAUUUUCAGCCUACCCUUCUGUGGCUCACACGAGAUCAACCACUUCUUCUGCGAUAUCCCGCCUGUGCUGUACCUGGCCUGUAGUGACACACAUUUCAAUGAAGUGGCCGUGUUCCUUGUCUGCAUGAUGAUCUUGCUCAUUCCAUUCCUGCUUAUUCUCAUUUCCUAUGGAUUCAUAGCCAAUUCCAUCUUCAGGAUCAAAGGUUCUGAAGGCCGGAAGAAGGCCUUCUCCACCUGUUUUGCUCACCUGAUUGUGGCCAUGCUCCACUAUGGCUGUGCCAUCUACAUUUACAUCCGCCCUAAAGCCAGCUACUCCCUAGAGCAGGACAAGGUGGUCUCUUUGAUCUACACCAAUGUCACACCCAUGCUGUACCCCAUGAUUUACAGCCUCAGGAACAAGGAGGUCAAGGGAGCAUUCUGGAGAAUAUGGGAAAGGAAAUUCCCUUCCACUAAAAAAUAAAGGGGCAUAUGCAGCCUCACCUUGCAAGGGUUAGGGAACUGUAUGGUUACAGGUAGGUAGCCGUGUUGGUCUGAGUCAAAACAAAAUAAAAACAUUCCUUCAGUAGCACCUUAAAGACCAACUAGGUUUAUAUUUUGGUAUGAGCUUUCGUGUGCAUGCACACUUCAUCAGAUACACUGAAACAGAAGUAACCAGACCCUUAUGUAUAUUCAG